CGGCUUUAUGCCUCCAUCUUCUUUAUUCCUUCCCUACAUUAAUGCUGUCACUUUGUGGUAGUCUAGAGAGCGAUCUGAUCUUAUCUGGAGGUGGGGAGAAGGUUUCAUUCACAUAAACCAAGACCUAGAGAUGUUAUACUAUACUGGGGAAAGGAAGGACUCUUUGGGUCAACACUAGACCUAAUAGGCAACAAGUCUGAUUUGCCCAUUCCUCUUUCCAUAUUUUACCACAUCUAAAAUUAUUCCACUGAUUGUCCUUGUUGCUGACAUUUUCUUGUUUUCAUGACUUUGUUUUUCACUUAAACCCAUUGCUCUGUAUUUUACUAGUAGUGAUCAAAGUGUAUUCAUCUUCCUCCUCUUGUAUAUUAACCCUGUCAGUGUUUUGUGUAGUUCUGACCCCCUAAAUGUUUUUUUAAGACUACAUUUUUCCAUGUAAGGGAUCACUGGGGUUGUUCUUACUGUCAUUUUAGUUGAUCACUGAAAUGGGUCACUGACUUUCUCUUUAAACCUUAAAUGUGACUAUCCUCCUGAGUGUUCUCUGUUAAGGUCUGUAAGCAGUUAUACUCUCUCCUUUGCCCCUGCCUAGCAUGACAGUCUCCUUAUAUUAGUCUUUUCUCCUUGCACAGAUUCCUUUGCUGUUCUGUGGGUUGGGGUGGAACCAUUUGUUACUACCUUCCAGUAAUAUUAUACAAUUAUUUAGGAUAAAUUGGAAUAUUUUUUUCCAGUAGAGUCUAUAGUAAUGGAAUUUUGGCCUACAUUAGCACUUGGGGCAGAAUACUAGGAUGAAUGCUUCUUCUGGAAAGAGUGAUAUGACAACCAGAAGGAUCUGGCCACAUAUGCAUUCUUCCUACCAAAGGUGCCCAGUGUAGGCCUCUGAGCUUCCAAGGGCCUGGAUCUUCAGGACUAGUAAUAGAAUUUAAGACCAGAAGGGAACACCAGAUCAUCUAGUGUGACUUGUAUCUCACGAGCCACUAACAGCACCUGCACUCUAAACGAAAUUACCAAAAUUAGAGCGAAGUAUUACAGGUAACAGGAGACUAAACUAUUAUAUGCUACAGGCAGAGACUAGGUAGGACCAAGGCUCCUGCAGUGGCAGGGAAUCUGACCAAAUAACCCAUACCCACAUGCUGUAGAGGAAAGGAAAAAACCCCAAGGUUGCUGCCAGUCUGAUCUUGGUGGAAAUUCCUUCCUGACCUCACCCAUAUGGUGAUCAGUUAGACCCUGAACAUGUGAGGAAGAACGAACAAGCCAGAGAAGCACCUGAAGAGGGAGAGAGAGAGAGAGAAUGCUUGGUGCCACCUUAGAAGCCCUGACUUACUUCAUCCAAUGUCCCAUCCCCAGUCUCUGAUGCUCCAGAAGAUGAUCAACCCUCCUCCUCCCGCAGUACAUUGGGAGCAGGACAGAUGGGGAAGAGGAAUAAUGAAAAAAGCUUUCUUAACCCCUGCAGGUGACUGGCUGAAGCCUUUUAGGAACAUAAGAUAGAAACCAGAUGGGAACCCCCCAGCUGAACUUAAGAGAUCCUAGCUUAAGGUGCUAGUGUGGCUACAGGACUUGUAGAAUAUUUGGAUUAAAAAGCUUUCACCAGGUCACUGUUAAGAUAGCACAGUUGGCUGGAAUCCAAGCUAGUAUAAAAUUUUUUUCCCCCCUGAAAGUAGUACUACUAUCAGUGCUAAUCCAGUAAAACAUCUGACUUCCUUUGCUAAGGGAUAUGUAGUGGGGUGGUCACCCUGCUCUGGCCCUGAAGGGGUUAAAACAGCCCUGGAAGAGCCAAUAGUAAAAGCAGCCCUGGAGAGGGCUACAGCUGGGAAAAGGGAUUAAGACCAGCUAGAGGAAGCUGGCUAUGUAGCUGACCACAGGUGUGGCUGGCUUAAUCAGGGCUGGCCCUUAUAAGAGGGCUGUGGGCCAGAAGCUGGAGUCUCACUCUAGCCCUGGAGUGGGAAGGGCUAGCUGCCUGAUAGCGAGGUACCUUAAGCAGAGCAGAGUAGUGCUGGGGAAGGGCAAAGGGAGCUGGGGAGCUCUAGCCUGGUAAACCCCCUGGCUACAGGCCUUGGUAAAGGCCCAGGAAGGUACUGGGGCUGCAGAGGGGCAGCCUGGGGAUAGGCAGAGGCAGCUGGUCCCAAGUCCUUACCAAUGAUAAGUGGCCAUUACACUGCAGUCUACCCCAGCGAGCGGGGGUUAGAUGACUGGCAGUAGCCACUGACGCAAGGUGGGUUUAGAGGGUUGGGGGUUCCCCAGGGAGGGGAGACCCAGAGUGUAGGGGUGCUGCUGGGGCAGAACCCCAGGGUAAAGGACACGGGGGUCUGGGAGGGACAUGAAUGCUAGGGGCAGGCGAGACACCAGCCUGCAGAGGGUGCGCCGAAGGCUGGAAAGAGCUAAUUCCCAAGAUGACCAGCAGGAGGCGCCGGACUGGUGAGUCUCACUUCAAUACAAAGUGGUGGAGAACGUGGGCAUAGGUGGUCCACCCCUGAUAGUCCUUGCCCUGUCCCUUGUGUCGGACUAUUGCCUGGAUCAGAGACUUGAGCGACCAAGGGUGGAGAAAAAGGAUGGACUAUUUGGUUUAGUUAUUUCUCAGGAUUUAUUAAUUUUUUCCACUCUUCUCCCCCCUCCCAGUUCUUGCCAUGUAGCUGUGGAUGUAUCUUAUUUGCCAGAAGGAAUGGGGGAUCUGCCCUGUCAAAGACGGGCUUGCUCUAAUGGAGCCUGUGUGGAGAGCCUGUGUGGCCUGGCUUGCUGAGCAGCAAGCAGGACUGCUUCAGCUGCUGUGGUGGAGGGCACGUGGACCUCAUUAGGGGCCUGGGGCUGGAGGCUGGUGCCAGGCCUAAAGACUGUUUCGCCUGUGGGCGACCGGGACACUACAGAUGUGAGUGCCCCUACUCGGAUGGAGCAAGGAGGCCUCACCCAGAAAACACAACCUCUGUGAGGUCAACAGGGGGGCUCCAAACUUGUUGGGCCUGUGGGGAGCCUGGGCACAGGAAGAGGGAGUACCCCUAUGGAACUCAUAGGGCCCAGGCUAGUCCUGAUGUGGCCAAAGAAAGGCACUGGAUGUGCUUCCUGUGCCACAAGGUGGGCCAGGUAAGAUGGCCUUGCCCCCAGAGAAAGAGGGGGAGGCUGGAGGAUCGGGCUGGGUCGAAAACUGCCCCAAAGGAGGGAGUGGUGAGGACCAGGGCCCUAGAAAGGAGAGGGUCUGGGGCAGAGGGGCCCCAGAUCAAAAGGGGAAUCCAUGUGAGGGCGAGACUUCACUGCUACUUUUGUUUUCCAAUCUGUAAGAUGAGGUCAUAUUUAUGUAGCUCAUAGAUGUGAUGUUUUAACUGUUUGCAAAAUGCUCGACAGCACCUUUCAUUUGAGGAUCUAAGAACUGAAGAGUAUGGGGUAAACAUGUCAAAACAGAAAUGGAACAGAAUAACUGUGUUAGUUUUGCAGUUUAAGUUACGAUGUUUGAGGCAAUGCUGUACCUUUGAUCUUAAACUGCUAUACGUAAUAUAGUCAGUCUAUUGCCCAAAACAAUAAAUAAAUCCUAGCUGAGUCUUUCUUUAGUCAUCUAGUUAAUUGUCAUGUUUUAGAGUCAUGCUUCCCUCCCUAGAGACUAUCUACCCAGCAAAACAUACUCAUUGGAGCUGUUUACAACAUUGGUGUUUCCUGUCCAGUAACAAAAGUGGGAAGUACCAAACUCUAGUAAAUUGUCACUGUUGGCCACAAGAGGGUGCCAUAGACUUUAGUUUCUUGGGUUGAUACAUUUUCAAACUAUUACCUAAAAUAGAUUGAUUUUGACCUGUUAUAAAUCCAGCUUAGAAGAAUGCUGGGUCUGGGGGUCGAAUACGUAGAGUUCACUUCUCUAGCACUUUAAAUUCUGUAUACUCUUGUCCACCAAAAAAGGCAUUCUAUUACAGCUAUCUAAUAAAACACUCAUUCUUUUGUUUUUGUCGUUAAUUUAUGUUGUGAAAGGUGCUGGAUUAGCAGCCCUGAAAAUUAAAAGUUUUAAAUUCACACUUGUCUAGCAGAGGUGGUGGCAUCACAGAUUUUCCCACACCUGUCUCAACCUUCUCCGGGAGAAACCACCGCCAGUGGUUGACAGGUUUCCUUGUUCAUUCAGUCCUUAGCACUUCUGUUGAAUGCAGACAAACGCUGCUGACUGUCGUGGCGGUUUUGUCAUGUGGACACUUGUCCACUAGCAAAUGGACUGAGAUAUGUAAAUCUCUUUUCCUAAUGGUCAAAUAGCCACUGGAUAAUUAACCUUUUUGUUUGCUGUGUAUCUGGACCAGAUUUGAACAAGUAGUCUAGAGUGUUAUGAGCGGCUUGUGGUCAAUCAGAGCAGGAGUCAGAAGUCAGGCUGAAUCAGGUACCAGAAAGUCAGAGUCCAAGACAGGCCAGAGGGCAAACCAGUAAUCAGUUGUCAGUAGGCAUGAAGCAUCUGGUUACUGGAAGUCAGAGUCUGAGAUAAGCCUGGGAAUAAACCAAGAGUCCAGCAGGUCAGAAACCAGAGUCUGGGAUCUCUCUCUGAAAUCGCAGGCAGUCUGUAUUGUUGCUCAAACAACUCUCUGGCAUAGCUUCUGGCUUAAGUCCUAGUCCCAGCCAAUCAGUGGGCUGCAAGGAGCUGCCACUCAGGUCCUGCUAGGCAGUACUUCCUGCUGGGCCCAGCCUCGCUAGGUCCUCCUGUGGGAGCCUAGCCUACGCCUCCUGUGGUGAUGUGGAGGAGUCAGCACCCAGAACUCCGAUGGUUCCAGGCUUUAGCUGUGCAGGCUCUUACACAGAGGAACAGUAUUCAAGGAGAUAGACCAUUCAGCACUUGAAAUAUUACUGAGACCUUGUUAGACUAGACGACUUCUUGUUUUAUGUUCCAUCAUGGCUGAGAAGCUCAAUUCAUCAGUUUCUAAGGUUAAACUCUUGGAGUUGGUCCAAAGGCUUCUCCAAAACAAGAACUUGUUUCAGGUCAGUAUAAUAGGUAGUUGUAUCACUUGGGUUUGUGAUGGGAUGAAGGCAUGUAGGUAGUAAGAGACCAGAGAAGUGAUAAUUCGCUGUCAUUGGAGGCUGGUUUAUUUAAUUUUUAACGCAAAGGGCCUAGUUGCUGUGAUGAUGGUUAACCUGCAAACCAAUAAAAGUAAUGUAUUUGAAAAUGUUUGUUUUAAAAAUUCUCCCUGUUGCUAAUCCUACAUCUAGAGAGCCCCAGUCAUCCCCCCAGUUACCCACUAGAUUCUAACUCUCAUUAUCAGCCUUGAGCAUAUAAUCUUUCCAGUUUAAAUAGAAUGGAUGAGACUCUCUGGAACUUCCCAGUGAAGCUUCUUAAGCAGCUGCUGAGUGAGAGGAGGUUGUCCCUCAAAAAUGUUGCCUGGAGGGUAGAAAGGAACUAGACGUUAGGACAGGGGUUCUCAGGACAAAUUUUUGGUGGCCUUAGAGUGCGGCCACUUACUCUUGCUGGUUGCCGCUCUCUCACUUUUUCCUAAAACACUUAAUUAGCUUUAGGAAAAACAAAUAAAUAUGCACAUUUACAUGUCCAAAUCAUUGUAAUUUAUUUAUUGCUAGCUAGUAAGUCUGUUGUCAAAAGUGAUAUUAACAAACAUACUAGUAUCAUUUUUCACAGCAGACUUACUCAGCCCUGCCAAGCCUGGGGACAAAUUAAGCCCUGGAUGUGGCGGCCAGGGGAGGCAUCAGGGGAUUAGAGCCUGAAGCCUUGCUGCUGGAACCUGGGGCCUGUUGCUGUGCAGCCAGAGCCCGGGACUGGAGCCCGAAGCCCCAUGGCCAAAGCCUACCACCCUGCUACCCCAGGGCUGAACCCCAAAGUCUGAGCCCUACUGCCCUCUGGGAAUGUAGAGAACUCACUGGGUGCCUGCUCCUCCAGUGUUGUGCCCCAGGUGUCUCCAAAGGGGGGCAAGGCCCAACCCCUGCUGGUGGCCCCAGCAACUAACACAAAGGCAAGGCAUCCAGGAGCAACGGGGGGAAGGGGCUGCUACUUUGCCCCUCCUACCCCAACCCAGGAGGCUGUGGCUGCAAGAAAAGUCCCUGUUGGCCACAUGCGGCCAUGGUGGUCGCAUUUGAGAGAGGCUGUGUUAGGACUGCGUGAUUUCAUUUGUGGUUCUGCCACUGACUUGCUUUGUGACCUUAACCUCUCUGUCCUUCACAUGCUCUGUCUGUAAAAUGUAGAUAAUACCUACCUCACAGGCUCCUUGUGAGACUAAUGCUUGUAAAGCAGCUCAACAUCUUUAACUGAAAGAUUUAUUAUUUUUUUUUAAGUCGAACUAAUAGGACCUGUUCUGACUACCACAAAAACAUGGUAAGCUGACAAAGCCCAAUAGAGGAGUGUAUAAGUUUGGGUCUUUGCCCAUGGUCCCCAUUAAAGAUCACUUCAUCCAGUGCUACAAUCUAGCUACCUGUAGGCCAAAAUGCAGCCUUUGUUUAGACAAGAAAUAGAGAGAUGAUUCUAUUAAAACUUCAGUGGCAAUUUUAGUGUGCAAUAUGGUUUAUGCCUCUUGGCAUUUAGUCAAGACCAAGUUACAUAAUCAACUGCUAAUUGGGGCCUUGAUUUAAAAAAAAAAAAAAAAAAAAAACCACUCAUUUUAAUGUUUUAGCCCUGCAACUAAAUAUGUGGAAAAGCUCCUAAAAGAAAAAGUGAGAGAAACAAGGAAGAGAACCUGAAAUGGAGAAAUGCCUCACAGAUCACAGUAGUGUCAAGGUGUUCACCAUGACUUUAUACCAUAAGCUAAACUAAUGCAUAAUAGCUAGUGAGGUCUAUAUAAAUGUGGGAAUAAAGUACUGAAGUUGGUUCACACGUUGGGAGUGUGUGCUUUGAAAAGAAUUAUGGAGUUUUCCUACAUACAGCCCAAGGGACUGUAAACCUGUGAAACUUGUGCCAGCAAAAUAGGCUAUAACAGAAAUCAAAGUGGAAUUAACAGGUCAAAUCAUUAAUAACCAGUAGGAUUGCUUAUUUCCCUUUCUGUAGGUUAAUGUGAUUUGCCUACAUCUUACAUUCUCUCAUAAUCAAUUAGGUUCUCCAGAGAAUUGUGGUCUGAACAGGUUGUUGAUGGUUUUAGAACCAGCUGCUGCUUUUCAAUGUCAGGCAUCUUGAAAGUGACACUAUAGUGCUUGUUCAACAGGCUGAGAACUGGUGCAUGUUCAUAGGGGCCCCACAUUAAUGUUGUUCUAAUGUCUUAGAUAUAUUUCUAACACCUUAAUCAGGCUGAACACUUAAAAACAAAGCAGAAACAGAUGACUGCAAAUCACAAGAAACUAAGCAGUGGAUGGGAGUUUUCUGGUAUAAUACACAGAUGCCUGUUUAUUUCCCAUGGGACAUGUACAUUCACGGACAUGUUUAUCUCCUGUGUUACACAGGUGUCUGUUUUCUUCUAUUCUACAGUAGCCUGUCACUUUAGAUGUGGCAGGGCUUCUGUUUACACUCUGCAGCUGCAAGGGAUACUGGCAGCUGAGUGGGAGGCCUUAGGAAAGCAAUAUUUUCACUCCCCGAGGGGAGCAGCUGUAGUAAGACAAACUCCUCUUCACUGUCUGUUGGCAGCAUCUGAAGCAAGAGCAGAAGCCAGGAAUUCUUCCUUAUACUUUUCCUUACAGGGUAUUGGCAAAUGUGCAGAGGGGGAGGAGAUAAUCCCCUUGGAAUGCAACAAUUAAUACUUGUGCAAUCAUUGCUCCAUUUCAAGGGGAUUAGCACAUAGAGGCAAUUAGGGCAGAGUGAAGCUUCACUAUAAAUUCCAAUGCACUAAAAUGCAGAGGCGCAGUAUAGGACUGCCUCUAGAUCAGGGGUUCUCAGGACAAAUUUUUUGAUGUCCUCAGAGUGCGGCCACCAACUCUUGCUGGUUACCGCUCUCACACUUACUUAAUUAGCUUUAGGAAGAACAAAUAAAUAUGCACAUAGUCAGCCCUGCCAAGCCUGGGGACAAAUUAAGCCCUGGAUGGGGGACUAGGGGCAGCAUUGGGGGGCUAGAGCCUGAAGCCCCGCCACUGCAGCCUGUUGCUGUGCAGGCAGAGCCCGGGACUGGAGCCCGAAGGACCACGGCCAGAGCCUGCUACCCCAGGGCUGAACUCCAUAGCCUAAGCCCCACCGUCCCUGGGAAGGUUGGGGACUCGCUGUCUGCCUGCUCCUCCAGCAUUGUGCCCUGGGGGUCUCCAGAGGGGGGCAGGGCCCAACCCCUUCUGGCAGCCCCAGCAACCAACACCAAGGCAAGGCAUCCAGGAGCAACAGGGACGGGGAGGGGCCUCUACUUUGCCCCCAGUUCUUCCAGCCCAGGAGGCUGUGGCUGCACUUGAGAAACGCUGCUCUAGACUACGUUUUGUCAAUGUAAGUCACUAGCUUGCAUACUUUAAACAGUGAUAUGCACACUUCUCUUUUCUUUGCAGUGUCUUGUGCAUGAAUGGCAGGUCCAUCUGUGGGCUACAGCCUGCUCACCAUACAGAACUUCUACUGUCUAUUCAGUAUCCAUUAUCUUUGUGUGAAUAUCUCCAAAAAUUGUUGUAAGAGCUUGGUGUUGAAUUAGUUUUUGGGGACUACAAUACUACCAUUUAUUGCUGAAAAUAGGCCAGGCUCUACAGACAUUGACUUUCUCCAAUGUCUUCCAGAUCCUCUAACAGGUGACAGAGGUAUUAAGUUUGUCUGCGAAUACUAACUGUACUAGGUAGGAUCAGGAGAAUCAGAUCUGCUGAUAACAGAUCUGCCCUUAAUCCCAGCAGUCUGUGGUGAUGAUUAUGGGUAGGGUCUCUGGGGUAGCAGUGCAUGAGCCAGAGGGCAGUGUGUCAUUAUUUUUAUCCCCAGCUUGACUGUGGAGCAGGUUCAUUUUUAGUUUUCAUUUAUUUCCUGUUUAAACUCCAAACCCUGCUGCUUCUUUAUACCUCAGGCAAGCACACCCAGCCUGAAAACAGGCUGCCUUUGGGGGAUGAAUUAGCCUCCUGCAUCAGAGAAGCUUGUGCGAGGCCUGCCUGUGGCCAGAGAGAGAGAGAGUGGCAUAUUGACACAGCGUCUGGUGAACGUAUGCUUUGUGUACUCUAGGAAAUUUACCAAUCAUAGACAACAGGUGCCAGAAACAGGUGCAGCUUAACCACGCUGAGCACUGUUGAAAUGGAAGUGUACAGUAUACCAAACUGUUCAGUACAGGUCCAGAAACCAUGAUUAACCCAUCUCCCUCUGCCAAUAAUGGGUAAUUUCCCCAACAGACAUGGUGCUAGACAUAUAGUCAAGGUAGCUAAAAGCUUCUCUUAACCCUUCAGAGAAGGUCUGCUGUCUCCACUGUGUACUUGACUCACUAUAAAGUUGCAAUAUUUGACAACAUUGCAUUGAUGAGCAUUUUGUCCAGUUUUGUUAUAAAUAUUCUGAGAAAUGGAGUUCCUCACCACUUCCUGGUGGAGACUCUGCCAUAACUUAAUAGAUCUCCUUGUUACGAAGGUUUUUUUGGGUAUUCAAACUAAAAUUUCCCUUUCUUAAUUUCAUCUCAUAAUUCUUACUUACCUCCUUUUGUACCAGCCUAAAUAAUUCUACUCCUUUUAUCGGCCUGUUGCUGCUCAAGUCAGUGGUAAAAAAUCUUAUUGGGGAAUAUUCAGGGAGAUGUGUGCUCUGACCACCCUCUGGCUCCCAUUGCUGUUCCUUUUGUCCCUUUAAAAAUUCUGGGGCCUCAUGCCCCAGAGUGCUCUGGACUCCUGGGUUUUAUUCCCAGCUCUGCCUGCCUUGGCAAGCUAAUUUCUCCAUCUACAUACUGGGCAUAAUAAUGCUUAGCUGCUGCAUCAGGCAUGUUUGUGAGACUAAUUUAAUUCUUUGAGCUCCUCAAGUGAAAACACUGUGAAAUAGCUCAGUAUUAUUAACACUGUCAGCCGACAACAGCUAGCCAACUGACUAAGAGAAGAGCCCUGGAGAAUGAAAUCUACUAAGUUACUGUUCACUUGAAAUAACUCUUCUGUUACUGCCUAUAUAGUUUGCUAAGUUGGAACUGGGCUACUAAAAGGCGCCUCAGUAGUCCCCCAUUUGAGUCUUUUAUUUUGAAUUGUAUAUUAAGUGCUGGUUGAAGGUGUUAGUUUGAAAGCCCCAAGGAGUCCUAUUAAUUCCCAGAGCAUAACUGUUCUGGUAGAAGCAGGGCAAACAUCCCCGACUGCACCCUGCUAGUGUGUCUCAACGGCGUCACGGAGGGACCGCUUCUAGGGAUGAGAGGGUUGUUCAGUCUCCUGGCCCACUCAGGCCUUUAGUGAGAGGAGAUGUGGUGUAUGUAGCUCGGACACUGCAAUGCCAUUUGUUUUAAAGGUACUACGCCUUUACAUUUUCUAAGAACUCUCCCUCUGUGCGGAGGUCAGCAGCCAUUUUAUUCUGAGUUGUGGCAGCCUGUCCAGGGGGCGCCGACUGCGUCUCUGCGGGAGAGUGCACGCUGUGCGUCUCCUCCCCUAAAGGCUGCAGCAACUCUGAGAACAAAAUGGCCGUUGAACUCUGAGGCGAGAGAGGCUGUUCUUAGCUAUGUAAAGGAAGGGGCAGCACCUUUAAAACAAAAGGCAUCGCAGUUUCCCAGCUACCUACACCCAACAGGGGCCUGUUAGUUCCAAAUUUCAUGGUGCUUUCCUGUCAUGUGGACGCUUGUCUACAAGGAACAAAAUUGAGACCAACUCCUUUCACUCAGGCCACCGAGUAGCCGAAAGAGGAUAACAAGUUGUGGUCACUGGUGGCCGGUUCUGGAUUUAAAUCAGUGACCCAAGAUGAAGAGCUCCGCCAAUCCCCUGAGCCAUGUAGUUGUCCGAGGAUGAGCGUGGUAUGCCCUGAGUUGUGUUUUCACCUCUGUUUCUGAUUUACUGUACUAUGAGUGAAUAUCGCGCCCUGCGUACUUUAUAGGCUUCUUGUAGAAGUUCAGCUGCUGCUGAUUUAGAAUUUCUGAGGCUCUAUCAGAAAAACUAAUAAAAGAGGGGAAAAAAGAGAACCCCAAACAUCAAUACCAAGAAUAUGAAACCAAACCUCUAAAGCUUCCUGGUUGUGAAGCAAAAGAAGGAGCGUGUGUUUCAACCACACUGCCGGCAGGUGGACUCUGAAAGAUCUUAUAGACCUCGCACUUCCUGUGGAGACAGCCAGAAGAACAAAGCCAGUGGAGGUGCCUUUUCUCCUCACCAUCCCACUCUCUGAUAACUCGCGGCCUCCAGCCCCUCAGUGCAAUCCGGGGGAGCAAGAUGAAGUGGAAGGGGAUUGUUAUCUCUGCUGUCCUGCAGGCACAGCUCCCAAUUACAGAUGCUGCACCGGUUCCGGGACUGACAGACCCGAGACUGUGCUACAUACUGGAUGGGAUCCUCUUCAUCUAUGCAGUCAUCAUUACGGCCCUCUUUUUGAAAGCUAAGUUCAGCAAAGCUCCUGAAUCCCAAGCUCUGCAGGAUCAGAAUGACGUGUAUAAUAAAUUGUCUCGUACAACCAGAGAUGACUAUGAUGUUCUGGGAACUAAAAAGAGAGGCUCUGACCUUGAAAUGGGAGGGAGAAAUCAGCAGAGAAGAAAGAAGCCUCAGGACGCUCUUUACACUUCUUUGCAGAAGGACAAGAUGGGCGAGGCAUACAGUGAAAUUGGGAAGAAGGGAGAGCACCAGAGGCGGCGAGGCAAAGGGAACGAUGGCGUCUACCAGGGACUCAGCUCUGCAACCAAGGACACAUAUGAUGCCCUCCAGAUGCAGCCGUUGCCCCCUCACUAAGUGGCAUUCAUGCAGUGGAUGGGCAAGACUGAGAAGUCCAGAUGCUUUGGGGGAGGAGAGAAGGGAAACAAUCAUCAAUCCAAAAAGGCCAUUCAGUUAACACCCAUUUUUUCAGGACUGCAAAUUACAUAUGCGCGAUUCAUUGCACGAAGUAGGACAAGUCUGGAUUUAGUUCCCCUCCUCCCUUCCCCCCGUCAAAACUAUACAAUCUCAAGCUUUAGCUUUUAAAUGUACAUAUCUGUAAAACUAUUCCUAAUGAUCGUGGCUGUUUUGUACCAGCAACUGUUGGGCAGGAGACUAGGACUUUGGGUUCUCUUCCUCCUCCUCCUCAUUGAGCCAGUUUCUCUGGCUAUUUAAAAAGCAAAACAACCCCCCCCCCCAAACUACACUCCACCUCACAGGUGGCUGAUGUUUAAUUACUGGCUAAAGCACUUUUAAGGUCCUCGAAAGGAAGGUGCUAUAGCUACGCCCGGUAUUAUCUACAGGAAGAAUAAUCUGCAUCAGCAUAACUAGGGCAGUCUCGCGCCAAUAUUUUUCUGCUGUAAAUUUAGCUUUAUUUCUAAGCUGGUUUUAGCUGUGGAGAGCUGUUCUUACUGUGGAUGACGACAUGUUCCUUGAGUGAAAGACAAAUGCUAAAAGCAGGCUGAGGAGGAAUCAGUGCUCGGCUGCAACAAGCUAUCAAGAAAACAACAUCCCAGUGUGAACAGCUCUUGCAGCACAUGGACGGCAUCCAGAAAUGCUAAUGGAAAUAUAUGAAAGCUAGGACACCUUUACCGGCGAGGUAACAGGAGUGGUGCAGCAUACAGAUUUUACCACCUCCAUCAUCCAUUAUGAUGUGAGCCAGGGGACUAGGCCUCUGGAAGGACUGACAUUUGAAAUAAUGCUGGAGAACACUGGGAAAGUUGGGAUUUAAUUAAAAAGGGAAGUUUUUAAAUAGACAAUCCAAAACUUGACCUCUCUCUUCCCUCACUGUUGCUCAAGCCACACAAUUUUUUACGGGCUAUUCCUUCCCCACUUAAAGUACAGCACCAAAGUAUGUUCCUGUUAUAUAAAACAAUGCCAGCAAGUGAUGAGUAUAUUGCUAAGGAAAGUGUACAAAAGCCGAAAGAAAUGUAAGAAUUUGUAAAUACCUUGCAGGAUAAGUUUAAAGAUGAGCAAAACAGAUUCAAGACAAAGGUGAUGGUGGCUCAGCAAUUCAGACGGUUUCUGAUAAGGUAAUAAAAUUGAUGGGGAAGCCA